GGAAAGCGGAAGCGGUGCUCAGCACGUGGGGGCGGUGCUGUUCGGAGAGUUCGGCGUCCCUGUGUGGUCUGUGGGAAGUGAGGCUGGCAGCAGAGACAGCGGAGGACGAGGGGCGGGGCGCAGGGGGCUGGGGAGAAGCUGCACAGCACGGAGACCCGCUGAGCGUCAUGGAGGGCUCAGGGGAGCAGCCGGACCCACAGCCACCGAAUCCCGGGGACCACCACAUCCGCGACGGAGACUUCGUGGUGCUGAAACGGGAAGACGUGUUCAAAGCAGUGCAAGUCCAGCGGAGAAAAAAAGUAACUUUUGAAAAACAGUGGUUCUAUCUGGAUAAUGUCAUUGGCCAUAGUUAUGGAACCACAUUUGAAGUGACUGCUGGAGGAAAUCUUCAGCCUAAGAAGAAGAAGGAAGAGCCUACUUCAGAGACCAAAGAAGCGGGCACUGAUAAUCGAAAUAUAGUUGAUGAUGGGAAAUCUCAGAAACUUACUCAAGAUGACAUAAAAGCUUUAAAGGACAAGGGCAUUAAAGGAGAGGAAAUAGUUCAGCAGUUGAUUGAAAAUAGUACAACAUUCCGAGACAAGACAGAAUUUGCUCAAGAUAAAUAUAUAAAAAAGAAGAAAAAGAAAUAUGAAGCUGUCAUUACUGUUGUGAAACCAUCCACCCGCAUCCUUUCAAUUAUGUAUUAUGCCAGAGAACCUGGAAAAAUUAACCACAUGAGAUAUGAUACACUAGCCCAGAUGUUGACAUUGGGAAAUAUUCGUGCUGGCAAUAAAAUGAUCGUAAUGGAAACGUGUGCAGGCUUGGUGCUGGGUGCAAUGAUGGAACGAAUGGGAGGUUUUGGCUCUAUUAUUCAGCUGUACUCUGGAGGUGGACCAGUUCGGGCAGCAACAGCAUGUUUUGGAUUUCCCAAAUCUUUCCUUAGUGGUCUUUAUGAUUUCCCCCUCAACAAAGUGGACAACCUCCUAAAUGGAACAUUUUCUGCUGAGAUGUUGUAUUCAGAGCCAAAAGAUAGUUCUUCGGUUGAAGAAAGUAACGGCACAUUGGAGGAAAAACAGACUUCAGAACAAGAGAACGAAGACAACAUGGCAGAAGCCUCAGAGAGCAAUCACUCCAAAGAACAAGAAACAAUGGAAAUUAUCUCUCAAGAUCCAAAAUAUAAGGAGCCUAAAGAGAGAGGAAGCAAAAAGGAUUAUAUUCAGGAAAAGCAAAGGAGACAAGAAGAGCAGAGGAAAAGACAUUUAGAGGCUGCAGCUCUACUGAGUGAAAGAAAUGCAGAUGGUUUAAUUGUAGCUAGUCGUUUCCAUCCCACUCCACUGCUGCUAUCUUUGCUGGACUUUGUGGCCCCCUCAAGGCCGUUUGUGGUCUACUGUCAGUAUAAAGAGCCUCUGUUGGAAUGCUACACAAAACUGCGGGAAAGAGGAGGGGUCAUCAACCUCAGGGUGUCUGAAACCUGGCUCAGAAACUACCAGGUUUUGCCAGAUCGAAGUCAUCCCAAACUACUGAUGAGUGGAGGUGGGGGGUACCUUCUUUCAGGAUUCACUGUUGCCAUGGACAACCUUAAAGCAGACGCCAGCCUCAAAUCCAACUCAAGCACUUUAGAGUUACAGAAGACUGAAGAGCCAGCAGCUAAAAAACGGAAAUGCCCAGAGUCUGACUUUUAACCUUUCAAAAAUUGCUUUGACUUUUGUUCUCAGGCAUUAUACAGUUAGAAAUUAAACUUUAAAUGUCAUUACUAAUUGUUUUUUCAUAUCCUAAAAUAAGAUUGUGUCUGUAUACCUGUUCCGGAGAAAGACAAGUAAGCCUUUUGUUCACCUCUGACACAGAUGAGUUUGGUCUGUCAAAACCUCAAGCUAAAAUAGCCAAGCCUGAGGUAUGCAGUGAACUGACAUAUGGCCAAUUCUGUUUAUUUCACAGAAGUCUUCUAAGUACUUUUAGUACUCUGUGCAAGCAUCCUAGAGAUAUAUUUAUACAAGACUUCGUUUAUAUGUUAAGCUAAGCAAAAUGACACAAUAUAGCUAAAACUUGGAUACUGAAAGGAAGGAAUUUGUGGAAGAAAUUUCCUCUGUUCAUUUCACUCUCUUCAACUUAAGCAAUACAAGUGUGUGAGUGUGUGAAUUAUAGUACCAAAAAUGUUUACCCUGUUCCCCCAGUGGGAUAAACUUUUUUAGAACGCUAGAUUUUAUUAUUUUAAUAGUCGACAACCUAGGAAAGUUUUGAGUAUUUAUUUUACUGCUUUUGUUAUAGAAAGGUGUAGUAGGGUACUUUUACAUUAAUUUACUAAUCCCCUCCUCCUCUGUUCCAAAUAGAGUGACUAGAAUUUUUAUGUACUAUCAAUUAAAGGAAACAAAUGGUUUUUUUUUCCUCCCCAGAGACUUAAGAAGAUAGGUAAAUAUAUAUAUACAUAUAUAUGUACAAUAUUCCUCACUUAAUGUUGUCAGUAGAUUCUGACUUUAAGCAAAAACAAUGUAUAACAGCCAAUUUUGCCAUUGGCUAGUUCAUGUAAAUGAGAGUUAAGUUCCUAUGGCAUCUCAUCAACAUGACGAAACAACAUUGAAUGAAACGAUGUUAUUGGAGGACCCUCUGUAUAUGGAUGUUGGUAUAUACACGUACAUAUAUAUAUUUAUACAUACACACGGAGACAAUGCACUAUCUUUAUGAACUAUGACAAAGUUUAGUGCAGGGCUUAAACCAUUUCUCACUGCAUUACUGUCACUGUCAAAUGUAUUUUAAAGUGCCUUUUUUGGUAAUUAAUGCUGGUUUAUUGAGCUCUGGCAUGAUUAGGUGGUUAGCCUUUCUAAGUGCUGAAAAAAUAUAAUCAAAUUAUUUGGUCAAUUGCUGCAGCCAAGAAAAGUAUUUCGAGUAAGCCAAGGCUCUCGUCCAUUUAAGAGUCUGAGUCUUGCUCACUGCUAAACACUCUCAUUGUGUGUGUUGUUCACAUUAUAGAAUAGAUGCAUCCAGCAAGAAGUGUCUCAGAAAAAAAGUUGCUUUUUACUAAUAGCAUGUACUAUUCUGAUAAUGGCCAGUGUGAUUACCAAUAAAUAUGAUUUUGAUUCCUUUUUCUUAAAGCAAUUGCUUUUAAAGAAUAAAAGUGUUUCCUACUAUGA